AUGGAGUGUGGUGCUGAUAUUCAAAAUUAUAACAACCUUGUCCAGGAAGACAGAGUGUAUGUUUUCUUGGAUGGUCUCGAUGAUCGGCUCGACAAAAUUCGGGGCAAUGUACUCCAGAUGCGUUCAUUUCCCACUGGAGAUUACCCUAAAGAGCAAGAGAUGGACAGGGUCACAGACUUGCCAGGGCAGCCUCCAAAUGUGGACUUCUCUCAGUACUCCGGCUACAUAACGGUGGACCCACCGAUUGGCCGGAACCUAUUUUACUGGUUGAUUGAGGCUCCGGCCAGCAGGGACCCAAUGUCCAAGCCACUUGUUCUGUGGCUCAGUGGUGGCCCUGGUUGCUCCUCUGUUGCUUAUGGAGCCUCAGAGGAAAUUGGGCCUUUACGAGUUCGUCCAGAUGGGCUCACUCUCACUGUCAGCCCAUAUGCUUGGAAUAGAGAGGCCAAUUGGCUUUUCCUUGAUUCUCCGGCUGGAGUUGGUUUCUCUUAUUCAAGUACUCUAUCUGAUGUGAUCAAUGUUGGAGACAAGAGGACUGCUGAAGAUUCCUAUACAUUUCUUAUAAAGUGGUUUGAAAGAUUUCCUCAAUACAAGCACAGGACUUUUUACAUUGCUGGAGAAAGCUAUGCAGGCCAUUACGUUCCUCAGCUAUCUCAACGUAUAGUGCGUAUGAACAAAGGCAUCAAGAAUCCCAUUAUUAAUUUCAAAGGUUUCUUGGUAGGCAAUGCCCUUUUUGAUGACUAUUACAACUUUAUUGGCACGUAUGAGUUCUGGUGGAACCAUGGUUUGAUAUCUGAUUCUAUAUAUGAGGCAGUAAUCAAGUUUUGUUCAAAUGAAUCGUUUAUACAUGCUAGCGAGAACUGUUACCGAGCUUUGUAUCUCACCAGUCUUGAGGCUGGGAACAUUAAUCAGUACAGCCUCUAUAGCAGAUAUUGCGAGGAAGCUGGGACUGUUGGGUAUAACUUGAGUCCACUGCGUUGGAGGUUUGGAGGAAACGACGGGACUUGCAUUGUGAAGUACACAAAAAUGUAUUUGAAUAGGUCGAAUGUGCAAAAGGCUCUUCAUGUAAACAGUGCAAAGAUACCUCAUCCAUACACAACUUGCAAUUCUGCUGUUAGAGGUAACUAUUCAGAUUCUUCAAGUUCUGUGCUUCCUAUAUUUAAAGAACUUAUAGCAGCUGGUUUCAGGAUCUGGGUACACAGUGGUGACACGGAUCUUGCAGUUCCAUUAACUUCAACUCGAUAUUCCAUCAGAGCCUUAAAUCUAAAGGCCAUUAAGAAUUGGUAUGCCUGGUACGAUUACAGUGACGCAGAACUACAGGUUGGUGGGUGGAGCCAAAUAUACGAUGGGCUGACCUUUGUGGUUGUGAGGGGAGCAGGACAUGAAGUUCCACUGGUUCGUCCUCGACUAGGAUUUAUCUUGUUUCAGCAUUUCCUAAAAAAUUCACCAAUGCCAACUCCACCAUCUUAA